AUGGCUGAGGACUCCGAGGACCCCAUGGAUGCUGCACAAAGCCUGCUGUCCCUGAGCACACUCAAGAUGCGAAAGGCGCGCAAGCCUGAGCUGGAUGAGAAUGAGGACAAGGAAGUGAGGAGGAAGAUGAAGCAGCUGGGGAGGAAAAUGGAUCAGCGGGGUAUGAAGUUGCAGUACACAGAAGAUGACACAGUGUAUUUCGACGAUGUUGCAGGCAUUGGGAAUGCAAAGUUCGAGGUCAUGGAGGUCGUUGAUUUUUUCACGAGCCCAGAUCGCUUCCGGCAAUCUGGUGCCAGAAUCCCACGUGGUGUGCUGCUGUGUGGCCCGCCAGGCUGUGGCAAGACGUUGCUGGCACGAGCAGUAGCAGGCGAGGCGGGUGCAAAUUUCCUCAGUGUCAACGCGUCUGAGUUCGUGGAGAUGUUCAUUGGUGUUGGGGCAUCCAGAGUCAGAGACCUCUUCCAAGAGGCACGAAAAGCUGCUCCGGCCAUUGUAUUCAUCGAUGAGAUUGAUGCCGUGGGGCGCAUUCGUGGAGGCGCCAUGGGCAACGAUGAGCGUGACCAGACUGUAAACCAGCUGCUGUCCGAGCUCGAUGGCUUCAACAGCAAGGAUGCAGACAUCGUGGUGAUGGCCGCCACCAAUCGGAGGGAUGUUUUGGACCCUGCACUCAUCCGUGCUGGGCGAUUCGACAGGAUCAUAUAUGUGCCCCUGCCCGAUUUCAACGGCCGCAUUGAGAUUCUUCAGGUGUAUCUCAAACAGCAUCCCACUACAGGUGACAUCGACUUGCGAGAAAUAGCCUUCGAGACACAGCGCUUCAGUGGAGCUGGCAUUGCCAAUCUUGUCAAUGCGGCAGCCAUAAUGGCGGGCAAGGCCAACAGCGGUACCAUCCGCCACAAAGACUUGCUUGCGGCUUUGGCCUACGAGCGCCUUGGCCCAGACAGGCAGCCCUAUGAGGGCGCCCGGCAGAAGCGGCUGGCAGUCCAAGAAGCCGCCACCUGCCUGGUCGCAACACUGAUGCCAGCCAUCGAGCCAGUCGUCCACGUCACCAUCAUCCCUCGGGAAAAGUACCCGAUGGGUCAGACAGUCCUCAAGGUGAACGAGCAGCGCGAGCUGACCCAGCAGUUUACGCAGCGCUACCUUGAGGAACAGCUGCUGAUGGUGCUUGCCGCACGUGCGGCCGAGGAGCUCGAGUUCGGCCCCGACGAGAUGUCCACCAUCAACCAGCGGAGGCUUGUGAUGGCACGCCGCAUCGUCCAGAAGCUGAUGGUGUCCAGCGCGAUAGACCCUCCAGAAGGGGUGGGCAACCGCACGCUGAGCAACCCCCGGCGCUAUGGCCGGGUGCUGAAGCAGGUCGUGCUGCCCAGGGUGACGACUCAGACGUACGAGAACGUGGAGGCGGCGAUGGAGAAGAGACUGAAUGCGGCGUAUGCGGAAGUGAAGGAGAUGCUGGAGAGGAACCGGAAAGCCCUUACUGCACUGAUAGAUUCCCUCGUGGAGAACAACCAGCUCACUGGCGAGCAGGUCCGCGAAAUCAUCGACAGGCAUGCCGCAAAGUCGGACCUCAGGCGUCGCAGGGAGCAGGCCGCAGAGUUCCUGUGA